UGCUUUGGAAACUACUCAACCCAACAAGGCCUUAUUUGGAAGUACCUUUUAGUCUUCUUUGUAUAUCGAGAGUGAGUAAAGUUGGUCUUGUCUGGCAACCCAAACGAAGCCUCGAGUUCUCUUUCAGAAGCUAUAACUUUGGGUAACCUUCGCGCAGACACAGUAGAAGAUUUUAUACACGUUAACAUUUUUUUCAAAAACGAUGAUUUGCCGGUAAAACGACGUCAGUUACAGAUUUGAAUAGUCAAUUCCACCGUAAAUCUUCAGCUUAGCAGCGAAACAUUUUGUAGUAUUUGUUUUAUUAAUCUAAACGAAACAUUCUGUCUUGCGAAUUCGCAUAAUUCAGAUUUCAAGAUUAGAUUAGGGCCUUUUCUUUUUGCUUCAUUUUGGAGUGCCUUUUGUUUUUUUUUCUGGUGUCAAAUGAUCGUUUCCACCGGAGAAAAAGUCCGAUCAGAAUGAUACAGGCGGUGAUUUCUGGAAGCUCCGCUUAUCUCAGAGCUCUUACUCAGGAAAUCGAGAAGAAACUCCAACGAGCAUUAGCUUCGGCACCGCAAAGGCGGAAUUUGUUGCAGGAGUUGUUUGCGGAUAUAGCUUUAGAAGUAGAUGAUCGAGCGAGAGAUAUCAUUUUCAGGAGGGAAGAUGUAAGUUCAGUAGCAGAAGACUAUACCGAAGGCCCUAUAUGCUUUUACAAUGUCUUGGCUGAUUAUUUUGUUUGCAUGCCUCAAAAUGGGAAGCCAAUUUUAGAUUUGAUUGUUCAACUUUGGAGCCAGUCAUUUGCAUCUAAUAUUUUUACCCUUUUGUUCCACAAGUGGCUAUUUGAGGUUCAACUUGAGAAUCCUGAAACUCUUCUUCGUUACUCAUCUGCUCUUGUUCAGGGUGCAACAAAUGUCUUCUGGAUUGACAUCCAAUCAAACACCAGGCGUUUUCAAAGUCUCUUUUGGUAUCUUCUGGAGGAUGUUGCACUUGUUCCUGAGCGGUUGAAGAAGAUCCCCUUACAGGCCCAACGUGAUCUAUUUCUUCUCCUUUCAAGGUUUAUAUUCUUCUACAAUGCAGCUGAAAAGCUAGAAAGCUUCUUAAAGCAAUUUCCUGAUAUGCCAAAUGCAUUUUUAAUUGGUGGACCAGCAGAUGUUUUUGUCACUGAAAUAGCUGAUCUGCUUCUUAAAUUGAAGGUUGAGCCGGCACUGCUACAUUAUCUUUCCCAGAUUAAGGUUCUCCAGGGUCUAGAACUAAGAAUGACAACAAGUACAAGGUUGAAGACCUGCUUGUAUAGCUUCACUUCUCCUGGUGGUCCAACAUAUCCAACUAGAGCCGUUCGUCAUGCAGCUUGGGAUGCCUUAGAUGUGCUUUUCCCUAAAAUAAAAGCUCAAGUUGUCACUCAUCCUUGAUUUUGCCGAAUGAUGAAUCUCCUGUGUGGGUUGUGGGCCUUUUGGGUGGCUAGCUGUUGGGGAAAGGGAGAAAAGAGCAAGCGUGUGUAGUCAUGGUUGCAGGUACUGCUACUGUCAUUAGCUCAAUAUCUUCAUGCCGUUGCAAUUCUAAGACUGAUAGCAGGUCUUUGCAAGCAUAGUUCUUUUGUUCAAAACGACAGAAGAAGAAGAAGAAAUUUUCAGGAGUAAAAUAGACGAGACAGUUUUUAUCCUAGUGUUCAUAUAAAGGAAAGGCAGUUGUUGAAAAUUUUUUUUUCAUUCAGUUACGAGCAUUUGAUCUUAAAUUGUUGAUGCCCUUCCGGUUGAAGUAUCUUAUCAGGUGAAUGAUGUUCUU